GGAACUCUCACAUUGCCGAUGAAAGAAAGACGAGAAAAACUAUGGCAGGAUCUUCUCUCUUUGGGGAACUGCCGCGACGUCACUCUAUGGACCUGCAACGAUUGCAUCGCGGCAUACACAACCUGGAUGUGUGCGAUCCAGUUCCCCAAAUGCAUACCUUACCCCUUUCACUUCAGCAUACCCAGGAAGAACGCCACCACCAAUCCCAAAGCCGGCAUGAAGGCCGACCUCAUCUGGGGAUACGGAGGAACGUCGCCGGAUUACGUCGUCAACCCCUGCUUCGAUCUCUGCUACGACGUCGUCCGAAAGUGUCCACCAUCGCUGCAAUUCACGGUAAGUUGCUCCAAAGCUUUCUCGCAAAAAAACUCUUCCUCUCUCUUUCGCUUCACUUGCCAGUGUCCCACCGAUACCAGGAGCUACGGGGACAAAUCUGGAUGCAACGAUCUUGUUUAGAAACAUCUGUGCUGA